CUUAGUCGUGAGCAACCGGAACACGCCUUGGGUGGAUGAUGCGUGUGGGAUGGAUAUGGGGUCGAGCUGUCCACAUUCACUCUUUCCGUAACCCCAUCCCAACCCCAUAAAACCCCCUGUUUUCUUAUUAUAUUCAUCGAGAUAUGUGGCUGUUUCGAAGACCAGGACCCUCUGGAUUCUCCAAGAGUGCAACCGCCGAGCAGGUUACCGAUGGAAUUGACGCCUCUGGACUCACCGCCAUUGUUACAGGCGGAUCAAGUGGCAUUGGCCGGGAAACAGCACGAGUGCUAGCUCUGCGUGGUGCACAUGUGGUGAUGGGGGUCAGGAAUGUGACUGCUGGCAAACAGGUUCAAGAAGCAAUCAUCAAAGAAAUCCCAACAGCCAAAGUUGAUGCAAUGGAGUUGGAUCUUAGUUCCAUGGCAUCUGUUAGGAAAUUCGCCUCUGAAUUUAAUUCAAGCGGUCGAUCAUUGAACUUGUUGAUAAACAAUGCAGGCAUAAUGAUGACUCCAUUCUUGCUUUCCAAGGAUAGCAUAGAACUACAAUUUGCCACCAAUCACCUAGGUCACUUUCUUCUAACACAUCUAUUGCUUGACAAUAUGAAGAAAACGGCACGUAAAAGUAAGAUAGAAGGAAGGAUUGUCAAUGUGUCUUCAGAGGCCCAUAGGUUUGCUUAUCCUAAAGGAAUUCGGUUUGAUAAAACUAAUGAUGAGAAACAGUACAAUAAAUAUCAAGCAUAUGGUCAAUCAAAGCUAGCCAACAUCCUACAUGCUAAUGAGCUUACAAGACAUCUAAAGGAGGAAGGAGCAGAAAUAACUGCAAAUUCUCUUCAUCCCGGGGUAAUCUCAACAAACUUGUUCCGUCACGUUUUUACUCCUCCCAGCUUUGCACAAGGUUUUGUUAGCAAGCUCAGCAGCCUUCUGAUGAAAAAUGUUCAGCAGGGGGCAGCGACGACAUGUUAUGUGGCACUGCACCCGCAAGUGAAAGGGGUAAGUGGUGCAUAUUUUUCAGAUAGUAACUUGGCGAAAACGACAAAGCUCGCUAAAGAUGUUGAUUUGGCCAAGAGAUUGUGGGAUUUUAGCAUGAAUUUAAUCAAGUAAAACUUUGACCCAAUUGUUCAUUUGUUACCAACUUGACUCUAUGUAAACAAUUAUUCACAUUGUAUAUAUCUAAAUAGAUAGUGAGAGAGAGAUGACAAUCAAUUUUAUGUAGAGAACUGCGCUGAUCCACUUAAGCACUUCUAUGUAGUGCAUGUCCGAUGAAGUGGUUGUUGUGUUACAUAUCUAUUUAUAAUUUAUAUGGUUCUUAUAAUUCUCUA